UCAAUUUCUUCUUACCAAACAUUAUGGCUGCAUUUCAUCUCCCAAUUUUCUUCACUUUUUUCUUUAUAUUUUCAGGGGCAAGAAUUUGUGAAGGUGCGAGAGUUUUCACAAUAGUAAACGGGUGCAAAGAAACGAUUUGGCCGGCGGUGAUCCCGGGGGAUAACUUCAACGGCGGCGGGUUUGCAUUAAAACCCGGCCAGUCCGUGGUUUACACGGCCCCGGCGGCGUGGAGCGGGAGAAUAUGGGCCCGAACCGGGUGCAAUUUCGACCGGACCGGCAACGGUUCGUGCCAAACCGGCAGCUGCGGCACAACUCUGAAAUGCUCAGGCUCGGGCAAAACCCCGGUCUCGCUGGCGGAAUUCACCCUGGCCGCCCCGGACUUCUACGACGUCAGCCUCGUCGACGGCUUCAACGUGCCGAUGUCGGUGACGCCGCUGAACGGCAAGGGGAAUUGCAGCGUGGCCGGGUGCGUGGCGGACCUGAGGCCCAACUGCCCGUCGGAGCUCGCCGUUAAAGCCGACGGGAAGACAAUCGCGUGCCGGAGCGCGUGCGAUGUUUUCAAUACCGACGAGUACUGCUGUAAGGGCAAUUAUGGGAACCCCUCGACUUGCCAGCCCACCUAUUACUCCAAGAAAUUCAAGACGGCUUGCCCCACCGCGUACAGUUACGCGUACGAUGAUCCUACCAGCAUUUUCACUUGCUCCUCGGCCGACUAUGUUGUCGCUUUCUGCACCUCCAAGAAGCGCCAAGUAUGCUCGUACCACGACCACCGCCUCGGAUGCAGUGGAUCAAAUGGGUUCAGAUCGUUAAUCACCGGAUUCUUGAUGGUUCUUGCACCUAUUUUAUGCUUCAUUUUUUAAAUAUAUAUGCAUGUUCACACAGGAAUGGAAAAAUACUAUACAGUAUAUAUGUCUAUGUAUCCUUGUAAUGAAGAGUAAGUGAAUUCUUCUUUAUCAAUAUUAUUAUUCUUUUUUUUUUUU